AUGGUGAAUGUUUAUAGAGGUACAGGAAAGCAUAGUCCAACAAAUUGGUGUACCUUGAAUCUGUUGGAUCCUUGCUUUCCGCUAUAUGAUCCUUCGGAGCCUACACCGGCUUGCUGUAAAGCUGCGGCGUCUCUCAGCACUCAAGUAAUUGCGAAGAAGCUAUAUGAGUGUCUAGAGGAUUUACAAAAGGCAGGGCCUCUGAACUUAUCUGCACUUCGUCUUCUGUUCCCCGCCUGUGACGUUUCUGUAAAGCUUCCACCGGCACGUGUCUCGGAUGAUAUGGACUGUUCCCAGUAUGAACCUGAAGAUUCAAGGGUUGCCACUUAUUGGGUAUUUUGCUAUGAUCCAAGCAUGGGCUUUUACUGGCAGUAUAGAAUUCGGUUUUCUACUAGUGUUAUGAACAGAUAUGGCAGUGAAAACAAUAGUGCCCCUGUAUCUUUUGAAUAAAACUGCUUGUUUUAAUUAGAGAUGUUUAAUUAAGGUCUAAUUUGCUUGUACGUGGAGGAUUGAAUUCCCAAUAAAAUUACAUGUUAUAACGCACUUGGUGCCAUUCUCAUAGCCUGUUUAGCAAACUUGUUGAGCAUAUAGACACUAUAUCUAGAUAUAUAGUGUCUAUAUAUCUAGUACAUUUUG